AUGUAUAAAGCGCUGAACCAAGCUCCUAAGCUUGGUCAAGAGUCUCAACAAGCUUCGCAAAAUGCAUGGCCCCAGCAAAUAUCUGAUAUCAAAGCAGGCAGUUCCAGCGGUGCCAAACCCAUGCUGAUGGCCAGUAGUAACGUCUUUUCAAUAGGACCUUACAGAAGCCGCAAAGAUGCCAAUAGAAUCUCGGUGGUGGAGAAAUACGAGAUUAUAGGUUACAUUGCAGCAGGUACUUAUGGUAAAGUUUACAAAGCUCGCAAGAAGGCAUCUGUGAAAAACGGUUCAGCCUCUUCACCAUCCGAUAGCGAAACGUCUUUGCCAACGACGUCGGGCUUCCCAUUAGGCAACCAAGAGACUCUGGAUGUAAACUCGAUCAACAAAUCAACCAGAGUUCAAGAUUCUAGCACAUCUCUGCCGUUUUUGAACCAGACCCAAGAACCACAUUCAGAUCAAAAGUUAGAGAACACACAAGUGGCAACUGUACCGGCAAACCGGGUGAUCAUUGCAUCGCCCACAAAGAAGUCUCCUAUGCUAUUUGCCAUUAAAAAGUUCAAGACCGAACGAGAAGGAGUGGAACAGCUACACUAUACUGGGAUUUCACAGAGUGCUUGCAGAGAGAUGUCCUUGUGUCGAGAACUCCGAAAUAAGCAUCUCACAAACUUGGUUGAAAUCUUCCUAGAACACAAAAGCAUCUAUAUGGUCUCUGAAUUUGCAGAGCACGAUCUUCUACAGAUAAUCCACUUCCAUUCACAUCCAGAAAAGCGUUUAAUCCCGCCUCGAAUGCUCAAGUCAAUCAUUUGGCAAAUACUGGAUGGCGUGUCGUACUUGCAUCAAAACUGGAUUCUACAUCGGGACCUGAAGCCUGCCAACAUAAUGGUGACAGUUGAUGGCUGCGUCAAAAUCGGUGACCUGGGUCUGGCAAGGAAAUUUCAUAACAUGGUUCAGACGCUUUAUACAGGUGAUAAAGUUGUCGUAACCAUCUGGUACAGAGCGCCCGAAUUACUCUUAGGUGCGCGUCACUAUACUCCAGCAAUUGACUUAUGGGCCGUCGGUUGUAUUUUCGCUGAACUCAUAGGACUGCGACCCAUCUUCAAGGGUGAGGAGGCCAAGAUGGACUCCAAGAAAAGCGUUCCAUUCCAAGCAAAUCAGUUGCAGCGAAUCUUGGAAGUUCUCGGUUCCCCCAACGAUAAAUCCUGGCCUGACAUUUACAAGUACCCGGAAUACGAGCAGCUUUCUAACUUUCCAAGGUAUAGAGACAACUUGCCCGUGUGGUACCAUUCCGCUGGAGGCCGCAACAAAGAAGCUCUGGAUCUGCUUUACCUUUUACUCCAGUAUGACCCCAUCUCGAGAAUCGACGCAGUUGAUGCGCUUGAACAUCCUUACUUUACUAGCGAAGAACCCGCUGUAUGCGAAAACGUCUUUGAAGGACUGAAGUACAAGUACCCUCCUAGACGAAUCCAUACCAAUGAUAGCGACAUUAUGAACAUUUCGAACUCAAAGGCGAAAUCAACCGCUGUUAAUCCACAAGCGGUGGCUUCCAAAGGUGCUACAAAUGCUUCGCUAGGGGGAUUAGGUGUUAAUCGAAGAAUUUUAGCAGCAGCAGCUGCUGCCGCUGCCGCCGUAUCAGGUACCAAUUCCUCGUCGCGACCAGCGUCUUCAGCUAGCCUCAGUGGUCCCGCACGUAAGAAAAGGAGGUGA